AUGAAGUACUCGGUGGCCGCAACAGCGCAGUGGUUCUUGGAAGGGUCCCGGAAGUACGGCGCCAAGGGCUUCGCCAACGCCUGCGCCUCUUUCUCGCCCGGCGACCUGGACGUGAACAUGCGGAGCAAGGUCGCUUGCGUGACGGGCGCAAACUCCGGCAUCGGCUACUGCGCGGCCAAGUCCCUCGCCGAGCGAAACUGCACCGUGCACAUGCUCUGCCGGAACAAGGCCAGGGGGGAGGAGGCCAGAGCACGCCUCUCCGCGGAAACGGGAAAUGAAGACGUCUACCUCCAUGUCGUCGACGUUUCGGACUUUCAACAGGUGGAGACCUUCGCCGGAUCCUUUCUGGAGUCCAACACCCGUCUCGACGUACUGAUCAACAACGCCGGAGGAAUGCCCGCCGAGAGGACGGAAUCGGCGCAGGGGCACGAGGCCAUCAUGGCGACGAUGCUGGGCGGCACCUACCUCUUGACGAAGCUCUUGCUCCCAGCCCUCGAGAAGGCCGCGAUGACGGCAGAAGGCUCGGCAGCAGCAGCAGCAGCAGCGACAUCAUCAGCGGAGGGGGGCGCGGACUCGAGACCCGGCGGAGGCAAGACGGGGGCCCGCGUGAUCAACGUGUCCUCCGGGGGGAUGUACACGGUGUCCGGGGCGGGGAUCGCGGCAGACGUGGACAGCAAGGGAGUCGAUCCCUAUGACGGGACGGUCGUGUAUGCGCUGGCUAAGCGAGCGCAGGUGACUCUGACGGAGCGGUGGGCAGCCAUGCACAAAGAUGGAGGCGUGUCUUUCAAUUCGAUGCACCCGGGGUGGUGCGACACUCCCGGGUUAGCCUCCGGGAUGCCGGACUUCCGCGAGCGGCAGCAGGGUUCGCUGAGGUCCAGCGAAGAGGGGAGCGACACCAUCGUCUGGCUGGCUUGUUCACGGGCGGCGUUCGGGGAAACGGGCAAGUUCUGGUUCGAUCGAAAGGCGACCCGGACCCACAUGCCAUUAGCGGGCACUCGGAUGUCUCAAAAGGAGGAGGGCGAUCUGUGGGAAGCGGUCGAGAGGGCGUGCUCGGAACGCUAGUCUGUGUGCAGCAGCACUUGCACGUUGCGGGAGUUACGUGCGGCCUACGGAAGUGGGAGUGGGUAGCUUGACGUUUGGCGUCGUCGUCAGUAUGGUCACGUCGUUGAGCGCCUGGCCGUCUCUCUCUGUCAAGCCCGCGACAUCACAGAGAGAGAGACGCUACAAUGAACUCUGGUCAAGGUGUUCAGAAUCGGGGGUGGGACAGAGAACCCCUGCGUUCAUCUACCACGGAGGGAGAGAAGGAGAGAACUACCCUCGUAAGUUCAAGCCCCAAUGGGUCGAAGAGGAUCUACGAAAAUGGCCAUGGCGAUCAAACGUAAUGGGCCCCGGGAAGUCGCAGUCUUACGAGAGCUUGAUUCCUGUUGAAGGAGUAAUAUAGAGCGAGGAAUUCCCGAAGUAUUGAUAGGAAGGAUCGAGCGUCCGUCUCUUCAUACGUCGAGUUUGGCAUCCCUGGAGAGUCUAGGGCCCGACCUCC